UGCACGUGCGUGGCGGUGCUGGGAGCGCGCGUCGGCUCGGCUGAUGUCCGAGAUGGAGAUCCAGAGCCCGGGGGCCGAGGACGGCUUCACUCGGGUCACCGGCAGAGGUGGCCGGCGGGCAAAGAAGCGACAGGCCGAGCAGCAGUGCGCGGCGGGCGAGGACGACGGAGACGCGGGCCGCAUGGACACGGAGGAGGCCCGAGCGGCGAAGAGGCCGGUCUUCCCGCCGCUGUCCGGGGACGGGCUGCUGAAUGGGAAAGAAGAAACGAGGAAAGUUCCAGUCCCGGCUCACAGAUACACACCGUUAAAAGAAAACUGGAUGAAGAUAUUUACUCCUAUUGUAGAACAUUUGGGACUUCAGAUACGCUUCAACUUGAAAUCAAGGAAUGUGGAAAUCAGGACUUGUAAAGACACCACAGACGUCAGUGCUCUAACGAAAGCAGCUGACUUUGUGAAGGCCUUUGUUCUCGGAUUUCAGGUGGAGGAUGCACUAGCCCUUAUCAGGCUGGACGACCUCUUCCUAGAGUCCUUCGAAAUUACGGAUGUUAAGCCCCUAAAGGGAGACCACCUGUCAAGGGCUAUAGGAAGAAUUGCUGGCAAAGGAGGAAAAACCAAAUUCACCAUAGAGAAUGUGACCCGGACUCGGAUAGUUUUGGCUGAUGUGAAAGUUCACAUCCUUGGUUCUUUCCAAAACAUCAAGAUGGCAAGAACUGCCAUUUGCAACCUCAUCCUAGGAAAUCCUCCAUCAAAGGUUUAUGGGAAUAUUCGAGCUGUGGCUAGCAGAUCAGCAGACCGAUUCUGAUUCCCAUUUGACACCUUAGAUGAUCACUGGACUCUGAAGGAAGAGUGUGUGCUGCAGAUGUCCACACAAACCUGAACAAACAGCUCGGAUACUUUGUUUGGUUCCUUCUUCUGUUCUUGGCCAAAGCCAUAAACAAAGGAAUCAUACUCAUCAAAUCUAAAACUUUGUUUACAUAUAAUUUGUCAUCUUUUUUCACUUUCAAUCACAUAUAGCAGAUUUGAAAUUUUCUCAUUUGUAGAAAACUUGAUUUAAAUAUUUUAUAUAAAUUUUUAAAUUAUUCAGUAUAUAGGUUUGUAACUAAACUUAUGAAUAGUUAUUUUCUGUAAAUUGUCAUUAAAAGCGUUGUCAGAAAACCAGAAUCAUACCUGUUCUUAACGCUGCAUUGUGUGUGUGCUUUAGAAUCCAGUCACAAGCAGAUUGGUCUACACUGUUGCCCUAAUCUUUGUAGCAGUUUGUAAAAUGAAAGGCAAACAUCAA